UACGGAAACAUCAGAAAAUUACCAAGAUAACUGUGUUCGUAUGGUAAUAUGUACCUUGGUAAAAUAUUUGAAACAGAUUGGUGUUAAAUUGAUGGAUAUCAAAAAUUCAAAUAUAUUUUCAGACUGACACAAACAAAGAAAAUUAUAUUCUGCCAUUUAAUUCAUCUUGUGAGGAGUAUCCAGAUAAAUUAUCAUUUAACCAGAUGGACCAAAUUGUUGCAGAGGUCAUCCCCGAAACAAAUAAUAAAUCGUUAACAGAUAGCCCUUCCAUAAUAGAAAACUCUCCACACCGAUCCAUUCCAUACUUUGACCCAAAGGUGCUUUGUGUAGCUGACACCAACAAGCUACAAACGAAAAUUCAAAUCCAGGAAUUUACUAUAGUUUUAGAACCAGAGUUGAACAAUUGUGAAUAAUCACAUGUACCUACUAAUGAAAAAGAAUACCCACCGUCAAAAAAGUCAUAUCGUGAUUCGUCAACAUCAUCUGACAGUACUAUUUCUUCUUCAAGUAGAUCUUCAUCAUCAUCGUCGUCGUCUUCUGAUGCUCACACCAAUUUUGACAAAAAUACAUCAAAUACUCAUUUAUCCAUAGAUGGGCCUUCCACAUCCAACUUGACGGGUCAAGUUACACGCAAAAAUACAAAGAAUAGAAUAGAAUAGUAUAUAAGGCGAGAUAAUUGUGUCAGGGUUGUGUUAAAUGAAGUCCGGAGUCUCUGCCUACCUCUCUGGGUGUCAGGCGUCGGUGUUAUGUUAUAUUUUGGUUAAAUCAUAAAUGAAAUUCAUUAUAUGAAGCUAAAUUAUAAAUUAAUUCUUGUAGUGGCUGUUUAAGAAUGAAUGAACCUAACGGUUUACUACCGACUAAUGCAUUUUAUUUCACAAUAAAUAACACCCGAAUUGGGGUAUGUAAGACUUUCUUCAUUAAUACUCUGGGAAUAUGCGAUCGUCAGAUCAGAACAGUAAAAAAGAAGACUGACCCACAACGAUUCUUAAAUACCGAUAUAAGAGGUAAGCACGUGUCAAGACAGCCUAUAGAUCCAGCACUCAUUGAGAAUAUUAAACAACACAUAAACUCAAUUCCAAGAAUAGAGUCUCAUUAAUUGAGAGCAGCAACUACCAGAGAAUACAUCAGUGGGGAUAGAACCUUAACUGACAUCUUUGUCUACUAUGAAAUUUUUACAAAACAAUUUAAUAUUAGCUUUUUUCAACCGAAAAAAGACAGAUGUGAUUUAUGUCUAGAUUAUGAAGUUACAACAGUGGAUCGGAAAACAAAAAUAAAAGAUAAAUACGAUGAGCACCUUAAAGAAAAAGAUUUGUGUCGCCAAGAAAAACGCCUAGACCGCCAAAACAUCAAUGAUACAUUUAUUUGCUCUGUUUAUGAUUUACAAGCCGUCAUGCAGUGCCCUACCGGAGACAUUUUUUCGUUUUUUUUACAAAUCAAAAAUCAAUUGUCUAAAUUCCACUAUAGUAGAAUUAAUGGCUAAGAAAUCAGAAAUACCUAAAAAACGUAAAAGAAAUGAAGAAGACAAUGACAAUGACAUAGGUGCUUACAGUGGCGUGUACAGCUACUUUUGGGAUGAAGUGCAAGGAAACAGGGGAGCUAAUGAAAUAGGAUCUGAUCCUAAUCUGAUUAGGUUAGACUAUCUGAACAACUUAAAUGAACAAAAUCCGAAUAAAAAUCUUCAUAUCACUUUUUAUUCGGAUAAUUGUUGUGGACAGAAUAAAAAUAAGUUUAUAAUAACGUUAUAUUCUUAUGCAGUUACUCAUUUUGAAAACAUAGAAACCAUCACUCACAAAUACCUCAUCAAGGGACAUACACAAAACGAAGGAGAUAAUGUUCAUAGCUUGAUUGAGAAAAAAGUUAAAAAAAAGAAAAAAAGUGGACCAAUUUAUACACCAUAUCAAUAUGUAACUCUGAUUAAAAAUGCACGUAAGAAUGGGAAACCUUUUACCGUUAAAGAGUUAACAUACGAGUUUUUCACUAAUUUAAAGGCACUUCAAGAACUAUGGGGAUAUAAUUUCAAUGAAGAUGAUCAUAAAAACAAUGUUAUUUUGAACGACGUAAAAGUUUUGCAGUUUAAUAAAGCCGAACCAUUUAUCUUCUCUUAUAAAACUUCGUACAGUCAAAGUGAGUUCAAAAAGGUUAACAUAAGGAACAAACGUAAGAAAAUGAUGGGUCCAGAAGAAAUAACUGUGAUCAAAGCAUUUUCAAAAAGACUAGAGUUAGGUGAACGUAAGAAAAAAGACUUGCGCGAUCUCAUUAAUAAAAACCUAAUUCCUAGUUAUUACGCAGAUUUUUUUUACUCUAUACUGUAAUUUUUGUUAUUAUUAAAGUUUUAAGUAUUAAGUUCCAAACAAGUUCCUUAAUGUUUGUGAUAAGCUAUACCUAAUUAUUAGGCAAUUUAUAUCAAAGAUUUAAGUUUUGUUAUGCAAAGUUUAUUGGUAAAUAUUUACCAUGGUUGUGAUGAUUGAUAAUAAUAAUAAAAGUAGAUUUUUAAGCUAAAACUCUUUGUAAGUUUAAUUUUUAAUAAAACAUUUUAUUUCUU